UACCAUUGAUAAGCGAUAUUGUGUGUCACCAAGGAGCCCCUAUAACUCCUAUACUAUUAGUAACAGUGACAGAUGAUAUAGAUACGCUAUAUAAAUUAUAUUUGUUAUUAUGAGUGGGUUGUUAUAGGGACCCUCUUUGAGGUUAGAAUUUCACUAAUUUCGGACGAAUUACUGACUAUGAAAAGGUUUUAUUUUAUUGUUAAGAUAUGUUAAUUAAUGCGUGAAAGUGAUAUAACGAUUAUUGCUAUAUUGUCACAUCUGUCUAAUGCUCUUAGAAAAUGCCAAGAAAUAGGCGUUCGCAAAAGUAUAUCAGCAUGCCACCAUAUUCCCGGGAAGCGGAGUACAAAUACAUCCUAGGAGUUGUUCAUAAUGUUUUAAAUGAAGUGAAAGAAUUUCAUAAGUAUUAUGUACAGGGUGUUAAAAUAGAUUAUUCAGCGUGUACAGGCUGUUUGGAUAAACUCUUGGACGAUUGGGAACGUGAUAAAUCCUAUUUAAUAACCUGGAGAGACUAUAUGGACAUGCUAAAACACAAUGCUGUGGAUAGAAAACUCAAAGAAAGUGACGAAUUUGCGGACAUUCGUUUCAUAUGUGAGCGCACCAGUCAUUUUGAAGGUACAUUUGAUGAACUUGUUAAUAAGUUAAUAAGUUGUGUUCACGAUCAUCUGUAUCGCUAUUGUAUUAGUUUUCAAACAGCAACUAAAGGGGUUGAGAUAGCAACAGUAAAAGGGUACGAAGAAGACAUUACACGAUAUCGAACAGAUCUGGACACCCAAUUUAAUGAAGUAGCUGAUAACUUGAAUCAGUAUGGUGAAACAUUGACGCCUUUCUAUGAUUUGGUGUCUAUCGGGAACGAACAUGGUUCCAUCAUGGAAAAUAUCUGCCACGUUCUGAUUGAUAUUUGUGGAACAGUUAAAUCCUGGAUCAAAAAGGACAGGGGGUAUUCCGAUCGUAUCUGGCAGGAGAUGCAAACCUAUAUGUCCAAUCGAGAUCAACUUCGAGAAGAGGAAAGCAAAACCAUCAAGCAGCGUGAUGAUGUCCUUAAAAAACUAGACCAAUUAGAAAAGCAGAAGAAGGAGGUGAUAAAAAAUUAUGAGAAGCACAAGAAAGAGAAGGUGAAGCUGAGGAAUAGGAUAGAGGUGGUGGAGUACAAGAUUAGUCGACUUGAGGUUACUGUAGAUCGUAAAGAAGAGGCUUUCGAAAAAACCAAGGAAUACAGAUCAUUGGACAACCCACUGACUCCUAGAAAGCAAAUAACUUAUAACAAUACACUUGAAAAACUGUUGCGUGAAAUAGAGGAAUUGGAUUUACAGGUCGACCCCACACAGAAACACAUGGAAACACUGAAGAAGGAACUGAAAGCAACAACGCACACAACUUACGAACUAAAAGUAGAGGCUGCAACAUUGGACAAUGACCAGCAUGAUAUAAGAAAGGAACUACCAGAUCUAAAUAUACAGCUAGAAUCUACAAGAGAAGGUAUAGCUGCUAACAACAACAAAAUCAAGGCCAUGGAGAAGAUUAGAAAUUAUAUCGCACUUGCUGGGACAUUACGAAAACUGCACCGUGAUGAGGAGCUAGAAAAACCUAAUUCUGAAAAUGAUAAUAACCUUACCGAAGCUCUUCAAAUUGUGGCUCAAAAUUUAGGAAGGGAUUGGAGAAAGGUUUAUCCUAAGCUUCCGUUUACUCCACCUCGUGAACAGUGGAAAAAACAUAAAGACAUUCAGAUACUAGACAUGGUGGCCAUGCGAUGUGAUCAUACACACGAGGAGCAGGCACUCAAGGCGUUUGAAAAAUGGUUGACUUUCAACAGACGAGGAAACCUGCGCCAGCUAAUUAGAACUCUUCGUAAAAGUCAAAAAGUAGACUUAGCUAAUGAAUUAGAAGAAAGAUAUAUGGUAGAAAAUGUUUACUGAUUGCAAUCUGAUUAAAAUACAGAUCUAUAUUUUCAUGUGGACGUAUAUUGUCGUCGCCCCUGUCCGUCCGGUCCGGACAUCCACAAUUUGUUUGCGGACACUCUCCAGCUCACAAUUUUUGUCCGAUUUUGACGAAACUUAAAAUAUAGGUUUAUCUCCAAACGAUCUCAUUACCUUUUGAUAUUGGGAUGUAUCGGAUCGAAAUUUCAUGGAUUAUGGCCCCUGAUUGUACGAAAAAUCACGUUUUUAGCUUGUGGCCACUCUAGAGGUCAUAAUUUUCAUCCGAUUUUAAUAAAACUUGAAAUGCAUGUUUAUAACCCAAAGAUCUUGGUUCCUCUUGAUAUUGGAUCGUAACUUCCUGAAUUAUGGCCCCGAUAGUAUUGUGCGAAAAAUCGCGUUUUUAGCAUGUGGUCCCUAGAGGUCACAAUUAUUAUCCAAUUCAUAAACCGUUACACCCAAACUGGCGGGCAAAAUGGCCGCGCCUCGUACGCAAAUAGUGUAAAUACAUGGUAUAUCAAGGUUGUGGACCCUCUGGAGGCCACAAUUGUGGUCCGAUUUUCAUGAAACUUUAUGUUUAUAUCACAAAGAUCUUCGUUCCUUUCGAUAAUCGCGCAUAUCCGAACGGAACUUCCUGGAUUAUUGUCCCUGAUUGUUCGAAAAAUCGCAUUUUUAGCUUGUGGACCCAUUAGAAGUCACAAUUUGUAUUCAAUUUUAAAAAAAACGUUUAAAUAUAUCACCGGUAAACAUCAAUGAAGGUUGACUUCGAAUUUCGAGAAAAUCGGACCGAGACUGCCGGACAAAAGAGACUGCCGGACAAAAUAGACGCUCCUGAUACGCAAAUAGUGUUAAAGUAUAGUGUACCAAAGUAAUUGUAGGCCCUCUAAAGGUCACAAUUUUCAUCCGAUUUUGAUGAAACUUGAAAUGUAGGCUAAUAACCCAAAGAUCAUAGUUCCUUCAAUAUUCGCGCAUAUCGGAUUGUAACUUCCUGUAUCAUGGCCCAUGAUUGUAUCAAAAGUCACUUUUUUUUUUAGCAAAAUGUGGGCGUAGCUUGCCUGGCAACCACUAGUCUUUUCAUGUAUUUGUGAUCUAUUUCUCUAUAUAUAGGCUCUUAGGUGUUCUUGGUUACCAUUAUGAACCAGCAUUUAUAAAUUGGGAAUUAAAGUAGUAAUUAGUUUAAAUUUCGAGAAAAAGGUAAGGAAGGAAGUCCACUACAUAUGAUAAUGAUCUUUCCUUAUUAGAGGAUAUUUAUUUUCUGCAAAACGGUAUUUGUAU